AUGUCUCACCAGCAGGGGACCUCCGAAGGCGCCGGCGCCGGCUCCUCCUCCUCCUCAUCGGCACAAGCACGCCAAGCCCUCUUCGACGAAGGGUAUGCCAUCCGCGCCGAGGUCACGGGCCCGCAGCACGUCGAGCGGUCGUGGACCAACGCGUCGGAGUUCUCGAGGCCGAUGCAGGAGCUGGCCACGCAGUCGGGCUGGGGCCUCAUCUGGGGCCGGCCGGGGCUCGACCGGCGGACGCGGUCUUUACUCAACAUAGCCAUGCUCGUCGCCCAGGGCAGGGACGCGGAGCUCGCGGUGCACGUCAAGGGGGCGGUCAAGAACGGCGUGACCGAGACGGAGGUACAGGAGGCCAUCCUGCAGGCCUCGAUUUAUGCUGGGCUGCCGGCGGGAAUGGCGGGGACUCGGGUGGCCGACAGGGCGCUGCAGGAACUCAAGGAGGAGAAGGCCGAAGGCUCAUGA